UUUUUUUUUUUUCGUAAUUUCCACUCACGGAGAGCAGGAAACCCGGUGCAGCCGGGCGCAGCGGGCCGCGAUGCAGCAGCAGCAGCAGGAGUCGCCCCAGGGCAGCAGCGGUAGCAGCAGCAGCAGCAGCAGCGGCAGCAGCAGCGGGCGGCGCUGAACCCCCACCGCCGCCACUGAGGAAGAAGCCCGCCCAGGCGCCGCCGCGUUCUGACGCCCGCACCCGGAUCCCCGCGCCCCUCAUCCCGGCGCCCAGAACCUCACGCCCACCUCCGCCAACUUUCAAGCUGCCUCGGCGGCCCGACCCGGCUCGGCGCCAAUGGUGGAGGCUAUAGUGGAGUUUGAUUACCAGGCCCAGCACGAUGAUGAGCUGACAAUCAGCGUGGGUGAGGUCAUCACCAACAUCAGGAAAGAGGAUGGAGGCUGGUGGGAGGGACAGAUCAACGGCAGGAGAGGUUUGUUCCCUGACAACUUUGUAAGAGAAAUAAAGAAAGAUGUGAAGAAAGACCUUCUCACCAGCAAAGCUCCGGAAAAGCCCAUGCACGAUGUGUCCAGUGGAAAUCCUUUGCUGUCUUCUGAAACAGUUCUAAGAACCAACAAGCGAGGUGAACGACGGAGGCGCCGAUGCCAGGUGGCAUUCAGCUACCUGCCCCAGAAUGAUGAUGAGCUUGAGCUGAAAGUCGGGGACAUCAUAGAGGUGGUAGGAGAGGUAGAGGAAGGAUGGUGGGAAGGUGUUCUCAAUGGAAAGACUGGAAUGUUUCCUUCCAACUUCAUCAAGGAGCUGUCAGGGGAGUCGGAUGAGCUUGGCAUUUCCCAGGAUGAGCAGCUUUCCAAGUCAAGCUUAAGGGAAACUACUGGCUCCGAGAGUGAUGGAGGUGACUCGAGCAGUACCAAGUCCGAAGGUGCCAAUGGCUCCAUGGCAACUGCAGCCAUCCAGCCCAAGAAAGUUAAGGGAGUGGGCUUUGGAGAUAUUUUUAAAGACAAGCCCAUCAAACUGAGACCAAGAUCAAUUGAAGUAGAAAAUGACUUUCUGCCAAUGGAAAAGACUAUUGGGAAGAAGUUACCUCCACCUGUGGCAACUCUAGACCCAUCAAAAACGGAGAUGGAUAGCAAGACUAAGACCAAGGAUUACUGCAAAGUAAUAUUUCCAUAUGAGGCACAGAAUGAUGAUGAAUUGACAAUCAAAGAAGGAGAUAUAUUGACGCUCAUCAAUAAGGACUGCAUUGAUGCAGGCUGGUGGGAAGGAGAGCUCAAUGGUAGAAGAGGAGUGUUUCCUGAUAACUUCGUGAAGUUGCUUCCACCGGACUUUGACAAGGAAGGGAGUAGGCCCAAGAAACCACCUCCUCCAUCCGCUCCUAUCAUGAAACAAGGGGCAGGUACCACGGAGAGAAAACAUGAAAUGAAGAAGAUACCUCCUGAAAGACCAGAAACCCUUCCAAACAGAACAGAAGAGAAAGAAAGACCAGAGAGAGAGCCAAAACUGGAUUUGCAGAAGCCCUCGGUUCCUGCCAUCCCACCAAAAAAACCUCGACCACCUAAGAGCAAUUCUCUUAGCAGACCUAGUGCGCUGCCUCCGAAAAGGCCGGAGCGACCAGUGGGUCCGCUGACCCACACCAGGGGUGACGGUCCCAAGAUUGACUUGGUGGGAAGUUCUCUAUCUGGAAUUCUGGACAAGGAUCUCUCUGACCGCGGCAAUGACAUUGACCUAGAAGGUUUUGACUCUGUGGUGUCAUCUACUGAGAAACUGAGUCACCCCACCACAAGCCGACCAAAAGCUACCGGAAGACGCCCUCCAUCCCAGUCGCUCACCUCUUCUUCCCUUUCAAGCCCUGAUAUCUUUGACUCCCCAAGUCCCGAAGAAGAUAAGGAGGAACACAUUUCGCUUUCGCACAGAGGAGUAGACGUGUCAAAGAAGACUGCAAAGACUGUUACCAUAUCCCAAGUGUCUGACAACAAGGCAUCGCUGCCACCCAAGCCAGGGAGCAUGGCAGCAGGCAGCGGCCCUGCCUCUCUCACUUCGCUGGCUUCGGUCCCUCUGUCAUCUUCUUUGGGAGCACCUGGACACCGAGCCAAUUCCCCAUCUCUGUUCAGCAUGGAAGGAAAACCAAAGAUGGAGCCGAUAGCCAGUGGCCAGGCGGCUGUGGAGGAGCUUCGGACACAGGUCCGUGAGCUGAGGACCAUCAUCGAGACCAUGAAGGACCAGCAGAAACGGGAGAUUAAGCAGCUGCUGUCUGAGUUGGACGAAGAGAAGAAAAUCCGCCUUCGUUUGCAGAUGGAAGUGAAUGAAAUAAAGAAAGCUCUUCAAUCAAAGUGAACACUUGAUAAAUGAGAUUUUGCAUUUUUUCAUCAUGAGUCCAAGACUCAAAUUUUCUGCCCCAGCCAAAAUAAAUCCUGUGCCAAAAGGUUACAGAUUUGCCACAUGUCCCUGUUUAAAAGAUUAGCACAAAAAGUCUUGAUAGCACAACACAAAUUCCAUCCAAGAGGAGAAUCUUUCCCCAUGGUUUCGGCCUGGGUCUGGCACUGGUUGUGACUUAGAGUAAAUUGUGCUAAAGGCUUUUCUACCUUGAGAUCUCAUAUGAAACGAAAACUCAGGCAGUUUAGUCCAUAGUGGUACUAUUUUGAUGAUAUUUUCCAUUAAUAAAAUGUAAUUUCAGAUUAUUCUUUACAAGCUUUAUAAUUUUAUGAUUUUUUUAACCGUGUUUUGUCACAGAAGCCCCUAGCGUUUGUAUUACACCUAGUCAGAAGCGAGAGUCUUAGUCUUCUGCUUCAGGCAGAAAGCUGCCUGGCUUUGUGUUCCCUUUAGGAUUCUAUUACAUAUGCAAUUUUAGGUCCAACCCUCCCUUCCCCUGCCAACAGACCACCACUCUAAGAGAAAUUUUAGCUUAUAUAUGAUGGUAUAUUUACAAAAGAGAGAGAGAGAGAGACAGAGAGAGAGAGAGAGAGAGAAAGAGACAGAGAGAAAGAGAGAGAGAAAUCUGGUAUUUGCAAUGAUCUGUGCCUUCUUUUUACCACCCUCUUGAUUGGAGUUUUUGUGAUGCAGCUACCAUGAUUCAACAAAUAAAGAAAGAAAUGGAAAAUCUACCACUUAUCCAAGUCCACUAGAGGCCACUGUCUUCACAGUUUCUCUCACGCUAGCCAAAGGUCCUAAGAGGAGACAACGGAGAGGUCAGGCGUGUACUCCGUGGUACCACCAUUGACUUUUCAGUUUCUCCUACUUGUAGGUUGUUCAUGAAAUGAAAAAUGUCAUCCCUGCUUGGUUUUAUUUUUCAUCCGCCAAGUUAAGUUCCUGCUUCCUGUCCUCUUGCGCGCCUUUUUCGCGAACAGCAUCUGCAUUAUUAAAGCAAAGCUAAAUAAAAGUUCAAAUGCAAAUGAAAACUGGGGGGGGGGGGGAGUUGUAUUAUUUCCUGCACUGGGUAAUCCUUGUGUAUUAUUGUUUAAAGUGUAUUCACACAAUGUCAUUUUGCCUUGCUCAUUGCAAUCUCUUCCUCGGUCCACGUGAAUGGGACGAGGGUCUUGUUGAAGUGCAGCCAAUGGAUCUUCCUUGCAUUCAUGGAAUUGCUUUUUUUUUUUUCCCUUCCAGAGGGAAUUGAUGUUUGCUUGUCUGAUUUAUCUUUGUAGCACCUGAAACAGUUCAGCCUUCGAUUAUGUAACUUUUCUCAUCCUCUGCUGAAAAAUACGGGGCAUACCUUAUUGCAAGAUUGUUCAGGGGUUAGAGGUAGAGGGGCUGGUCCCUUAAAUGGCCCAACAAUGUCUGAUGUGUUUCUAAGCAGCUGCUUUGUCUAUUUCCUGCAUUUUAUAGUGAAACUACUAAAACAAUGUCAUAGAUUUGCACAACUACGAAGAAUGAGAAUCGAUAUCACUAAAGGAAUGAUGCAAAAAAAAAAAAUCACAUUAUUCAUCCUUGAAAAUAAAACAAGUGUCUCUUCCUUUCUCUUCCUCUCUCCCUCCCCCUGCCUUGCUCUUGCCUGCAUACUCCUCCCUUCUUUCCUACGAAUAUUUACAGUUAAGGGAAAGGGAGUGUGUAAGGAGCUUUGUACCCUUCGCUCCCAAGUGUUGGACGUAUGGCCUGUUCAGCAGCCUUGGCCUCAGUAUGCAUGGGGCUGGAAACACCAAGUUUCUAAGGGCAGCACAAAGCAUUCCUGUACCCCUUGAACUGUUCUCAGCAUUUCUGCAUUACACUUGAAGCCUUCAGAGAUUCCCCACCACCUAAUCUAACAAUGAAGAUUGGAUUCUUUGGUGUUUGAAUUUCUCAUUUACACAUCAAGAAAAUCCUGAAUGAUAUAGCUUUAUCAAAAGUGUAUACAGAGUAAGAUUGUUGACAAUUAAAUGGCAAGGUUGAGGUACCCUCAUGGGGCAUUGGCAACAUGAAAUGUUCUGUGGCUGAUGUCUUCUCCUCAAUAGAGGCCAUUGGCUUUCUUCAUGUAAAGAGGGGGAGGAGUUAGUGAUUGUAAAAAGAAGUUGCCAUCUAUCUCCAGCUUCCUUAUGGCUCCUUGGGCUAAGCAGCAAGAGGAUUCUGUGUCAUGGGACUGGCUGAGCUUCUGCCCCAACUGCCACCAUCUUUACUCUUGGCAAAAUGGAUUCAUCAAGGAAAGCUUGGAAGUAUCACUUUUGAAAUCAAAAAUUCUUUUGCAUUCAGCAUGGACUUUAACAGGCAUCUAUGGAAACUAUUUUUUUGCUUCAUUUUCUAAAGCUGUAUUUAGAGAAGUCUUAAGUAUUGUGCUUUGUAAAAGAAGAUGAUUAAAAUGAAAUUUUGUGAAAAUA